AUGUCUGAUAAAGACAUUGACCCAAGUAAAUACACUGAAUUGAGAAGUAUCUGUAAAUGCUACAUCGAUUCAUAUAAUGCAUUUUAUAAGCUGAAAACUGAAAAUGAAGAAGAAAUGAACAAGAUAUACAAAAUGAUCAAAACAGAAUUGAUUGAUUCAAAGAAACGUCUUCCUUGUACUAUUAUAAGCGACAUUUUAUGUAUCAUUCCGUAUAAUAAUCGCUAUACAAAGGCUUAUUUAUCUCUAGCCAAACUCAUAUAUGAUAAUUAUCAUGUAAACGAGGAAAUCAGAGUUCCAUUAACUGUUGGAUACUUAUUUUAUAAAGAAUAUGGAAUUAAAUUAAACAAAUCUGAUGAUUUCGAAACAAUUGAAUCAGAAAAUCUCCAAAUUCAUACAGAAAAUACAAUUUACAGGGCAAUUAUGUAUAAUGACUUAGAAACAUUCAUUUCAUUCACAGAAAGAGAGGGAUUUGAUAAAUAUCAACAACUUUUUAGUGAAUUAUAUCCAGAUUCAUCAGUAGGAUAUUAUUUACUUGAAUUAUGUUGUUACCAUGGAGCAGUUGAUUGUUUCAAAUUUUUAAGAACAAAAUUUAAAUCAGAAAUAACUGAAACAUGUCUGCAAUUUUCAUUUUUAGGCGGAAAUCCAGAGAUCAUGAGUGAAUGUUUGAAAUAUCAAACACCAGAUAAAAAAUACAUGAAAUAUGCAAUUAUUUCACACAACAUUGAUUUUGUAACAUUCUUGAUGAACGAAUACGAUUUAGAGAUCGAUUUAGAUUAUUGCGUAAAGUUCAAAAAUCUUGAAUCAUUUUUAGUUUAUUUCGAUCAAACAAAUGAUUUUAACCAAUGUUUUAUUAAUUCAGCGUGGUUCAACAUUCCAUCCUUACUCGAAUACUUCCUUUCACAUGAACUAAAUAUCAAUGAAAAAGAUGAAGGAGGAAGAACAGCUCUUCAUGUUGCAGCACGUUAUAAUAAUAGGGUAAUAGCCGAAUUUCUUCUUUCACAUGGUAUAAAUAUCAAUGAAAAAGAUAAAGAUGGAAAACGGCUCUUCAUCUUGCAGUCGAAAAUAAUAGUAAAGAAACAAUCGAAUUUCUACUUUCACAUGGCAUAA